CAAAGGUCGUACUACCAAUGUACAUUGUACCGUACAGUGAUCAGAGUACCUGUUGCUACUAAUUGUCUGCAAAGUGAAAAUGGCGGCCAGGCCUGCGUGCCAGCUGCCAGCUGCCAGGUAGAGAUGUAUGAUUUGGUGUAUCAUGGGUAUUCUGUCGUCCAUGCCAAAAUUGCAGCCUAGGAUCAGCUUUGUAUUUGUAGAAGGUGGGUAGCGAAGCCUCUGGUUGGCGGAAUCGCUUUUAUCCCAAAGUGGAGCUUGGUAGGGCCUGAAAAUGGGAGAGAUCGAAGCCAACGAUGAAAAGCUCGAUGAGGCUCUGCUUCAAUUUCCGGGAGCUGGAAGCUCGCCAUGGGGGAGCAUCUGGAGCUCUUCUGAGUUGAAGAGCAGCUGGACGCAAGAAACUCCUUUCGAUGCAGCUGCUGAGAUUGUUCGACAGCUCGUGCUUCGACAGAGACCAGAACUUGAAACAGUUCUCGACACUGUUCUUUCGGAUCUGCAUGGCAAAUGUCCUCAAGGACAUGUAUCAGAGCAGGUUGAAAAGGGGUCAAGUGCUAUGAGCGACAGGUUGCAAGAGCUUCAAGAACAGAAAGCAAGUUUGUUGCAACAUUUGAGGGACGUUGCUGAAGAAGCCAACUCGCACAAGAGGGGAGUCCCGAACAACAGUUUCUGGGGCUUUUUCUAA